AUGACAGAACAUGCUGGUAUGAAAGAGGGUUUCAAGAGCUCCAACGGGUUGACUCUUUCCUAUCCAGAUUCCUGUCCUCCGCCCUACACCCGUAACCAAGACAGCACCCGAAUCUCCAGAAUGGCCGUAGCGAAGGACACAGUAAGAGCGAGGAGGAAGAGACGAGCAAGCCACAUGACAGGCAUUGGUAUCGGCAGACACACCGGGAAGGUGGUAAAGGUUGGGGAGGAAGGAGCGAGCGUGGGUGGAGAGCGAAUCAGAAGUGUGACUCGAGGGUUUUAUGAACAAGGUAUAAGCGGGGGUGAAGAUGAGAGGGCUUUCAGAUAUUCCCAUGAGCGAGGAACACUGAAACGAGAUCUACCCAGAGUAAGGGAGCAUGACGGCGGUGUUGGAGGCGUACCAAUCAUCAUAUAUCUAGGAGUGGCGCCCGAUCUGAUUCAUAUCAAGCGAGCAGCGCGCGCGGUAAAGGCGGUGACUGUUCGAGUAGUGUUUGGAAGACAAUUGAUGAUAUCGGAGAGGAAGUCGCGGUUGACUAAAGAAAGCUACGUGUCACUGCCACGCCACACAUUCACUGCUUCCCAUAUACUAGAAAUCACUGGAGCGACGAUUACAACCGGCAAGGGAAGGAAUUGGGCAAAAUCGCGCAUGUUGGCGCUGCGUUGCAUAAAUUUUUCGAGUGAAGAGAAUGAAGGCUACACAACCGGCUACGCGGUCCUUCAGAAUAAUUCACCCAAAAGGGGCGGUUUGUGUGCGAGUGCGUUGCCGAAGGUUACAUUCGACAGCAUCACGACCGCGUGGGGAACGGUUAUCCGCAUGGUUUAUCCGGGUCCAUCGCGCGUAAGAUGCAGAAAAUGGGAAAUGAAGCGGCUAUAUGACAGAACGAGAGUAGGUUACCGUAAAAUUGUGUGCCACGCAAGAAAAGCGGAAACGGGUAUCGAUGUGUUAGUAUGGAAGGCUGAAUUCAAGGUCCUGUACGCCAUCGAGAUUAGACCAAUCCCCCCGAGACGGCUAUCGUCGUUGCAUUCGUGA